GUCGCGUCAACGUCCUUCCGUGUACAUCCUCUCGACGUCCAGCCGUGACGUUCAUCUGUCAUCGUGCUUCAAUCUCACCGACACGCGGAUCCUUCGCUUUACGCUCCUUCUAGACCAUUCUUCACCUGACAUCACCACGUUUCGCUCGCCCCAGAUCCGUCAGGAAACACGGAGAUAACUUUCAACCAGGAACCAGCUCCUACCCUCGGUCUCGAACCACCGCUCGGCCACCGUUUCUCCUAGUUUCGUGUGCCAGUAGUUCUCUCAAUUUUCGCGCCUCCCUGUCCGUCCGCUCGAGCGCGUGCGAAGGAAAACACGGGCCAACGAAACAUCGGCGGGAAGGUCCAGGCGACAACGCGCGACCACCUGUAGUUGUGGCCUCGAGCCACCGCUGGCUCAUCGGACGAACCUCCUCCGUGACUCCCCCACCCUUGUCGAACCCUCUGCUUCUUCGGGAACCCCGGGACCGAACCCACAGCAGGACCCAGCGUCGUCGAGGAAGCCGAUCGCGACCAACAGCACCACCGCCAAGGCCAAGGGCGACCGCAUCCAGACGCGCACAAGUCUGCCAGGAUUACCACCAAAAUGAAGACGUCAUCGUUCUCUCUGCGCGUCAUGCGACGGGCUCGCAACAAACCAGCGGACGGAGUCGGCCACGUGAACCAGAAGGGCUCCACGGGUCAAAAGGCGCCGUUGACGCCUGGACAGAAGGUUCCUCCUGGUGCAAAAAGCGCAGCGAAACCGGCUCAGAAACCAACUGCUCAGAAAGGACAGGUGAAGGUCACGCCGAAAGCAGCUUCCGUAAAAACUGGAAAGAACAAGAAGAAGGGCCAGAGGCAGCAAUACGACCUCAUCGUUACCAUCAAUCUGUCCGAGUAUGGGCUCACGGAGGAUCAAGUGGCAGAAUUCAAGGAAGCGUUCAUGCUCUUCGACAAGGACGAAGAUGGCACCAUCACGAUGGCAGAACUCGGCGUGGUCAUGCGAUCAUUGGGACAGAGGCCGUCGGAGACGGAAUUACGAGAUAUGGUGAACGAGGUGGAUCAAGAUGGGAACGGUACCAUUGAAUUCAACGAGUUCCUGCAAAUGAUGUCGAAGAAGAUGAAGGGCGCUGAUGGAGAAGACGAGCUGCGCGAAGCAUUCAGAGUAUUCGACAAGAACAAUGACGGCCUGAUCUCAUCGAAAGAAUUGCGACACGUGAUGACGAACCUCGGUGAGAAAUUAUCGGAGGAAGAAGUCGACGACAUGAUCAAGGAAGCAGAUUUGGAUGGCGAUGGAAUGGUGAACUACGAAGGUAAUUUAUUUUCUUUUUUAAACAAUUCCAGACAAAUUUUACAUGUAGUAUCCUUAGAAACACCUACUGCUUCUUCUUUAAAUUCUCUUUCGUCCAUUUCUCGAACUCUUUCUCUCCCCGAAGUCCUUCAAAAACUCUGUAUCGUCGAGUGGGAGUGUACUUGCAACACUUUUCCACUCCAAAACUGUGCUUGUACGAUGUUCGAGAUGAGUAGGUGAAAAAUGAGCGCGCAAACAGUUCAGUUUUUAGUUGAAGUAUCAGGCUCUGUAAAAAGAGAAAGCUCGGUUUUUUCGCGGUGUAGACGUAGAGUCAAAAAGUUUGCCGUCGUAAGUUGCUCCAGCUACAUUCGUUAAUGGCUCUCGCUACUCUCGAUAGAAAUAUUCAUUUUCUACAUCAUCGACGAAUCGUCCUUCUCGAUUGCUCAAAUUAGCACCGAGUUAUUUUCAGUUUAAUUAACCGCGUGGAGAAGCGUUAAAAACUUGAAGUGGUUCCAAUCUAGUGACCAGAUGCUGUAUAAAUAAUUGAUAAAGGACAAAACAUUGAACGAUGAAAACGUAGGAAAAUAAACUGAUG